GCAAUUUGUUCAAUCCUAUCCUGAACGAAAGCUGUUUUUAUUUCCUUCUGAUUUUCAACCACCAUGCUUCGAGCAUGACCCUCGUGCUGACUUGAUGCCUUCUCUCUCCGACUCAUCUCGCCGUCCUGUGCCUCCCCCUGUCCCCGUCGAGACUCACCCCAAUCGUACCGGCGGGUUAAAGCCUCCAUCGGAACACCGCGUCCUUCCAGAUCCCACUCGUCUUGCCCCCGAAGAUGCUUACUACUCCUCUUCUCUCCUUCGAAACCGGCCUGUCAAUUAUGAUGAGUCUAUACUUACAUUGAGUGGGAAUGCUGCGAGUGCUGCCUCCGUUGCAGCCCUCCGACCCCCGCCCGCAGUUCCGGGUGCUGCUCGAAAGGAGAUUCGAAAGGUACAAGGAAUAGGGGGACGCAGGCGACGAAAGGGAGCAUGGAAGAAAUUACUCUGGGUUAAGCAAUCAUACCCUGAUAAUUACACCGACACCGAAACCUUUCUCGAUCACCUCCAGAGAAACCCCCGCGUACGUCCCUACGAUUUCUGGCCGCUGGUAGCCGACUCGACCGUGAUCGUACAGCAUGUUUGCUCUGUGGCUAUCUUCAUUUGUUGCUUUGUCGGGAUUGUGCAGGGUCGGGUCAGCCCCGUUUCCGUCGUCUGCUGGGGUAGUGUCGGGACCGCCGUGGGCUGGAUUUUGUGGGACUCUUGGGCUUUUAGGGAACAUACGGAGAAUUGGAAGGGCACUGAACGUGUAGCUGAGGGCGACGACGGGUCCAGUUUCAGUUCUACAACAAGUUCGGGCAACCCAUCUUCCACCUCACGCUCGAAUGGACAGAAGGAUUCGCAGGUUCAUGGCCUUGGACUGACGAUGUCGCAAAACGAACCUGGCCCACCGCUUCGUCGACAGAGUACAGGAUUCAGUGUCGAUUCAUUUAGUGCCUUGGAUCCAGCCUCUCCUCCACCAGGCUAUGCAAGUGGGGUCCUCAGUGCUCUUGAUCCUUCUCAGGAUUUGCAUGGAACCAACCAAUUCCCGCUAUUUUCUUCGCGAAAUCGACAGCGAUUAUCCACAGUGAAAUCGGCCUUUCUGAUCUACUUUUCGUUACUCGGACUGAGCCCGAUUUUGAAAUCACUAACCAAGUCGACUGCCAGCGACUCGAUUUGGGCGGUGAGCUGCUGGCUGCUAAUAAUGAACAUAUUCUCCUUUGAUUAUGGGAGCGGGGAAGGCGCGGGCGCCACCAAGUUUCCUGCCUCCCUUUCUACGAACGCUGCUGUGAUGGCGUCGACAGUGCUUGCAUCUCGACUGCCCUCUACUACCCAUGUGUUUAGCUUGAUGCUGUUUUCCAUCGAGGUCUUUGGGUUGUUUCCCAUCUUCCGCCGGCAACUUCGUCACAUUUCCUGGACCGGACAUGUGCUGUUAACCUUGACGUUGGUUAUUGUCGCCGGAGGAGCCGUGGGGAUCACGCUAAGAGGUGGAUGGGCAGCCGCUGUGGUUGGAUCACUGCUGGGUAGUAUUCUUACGGCAUUUGCCAUGGGUGGUUGUAGCUGGUGGUUAAUUAGCCUCCAGAAGUAUAAGAAUGUUGUCACAGGGCCUUGGGAUCCUGCGCGUCCGAUUAUCAGGCGUCGGUGGGAUUGA